GCAUAGAAUUCUUUUAUUAUUAUUAUUUUUAAUUCCCAGUUCCACAUCCUUCUCUCUCACCCACUAAGAGGACAAGAAAUACGCUAUCCAUUCUACCCAGUAACAAGGUACGGAAUUCUGAUCUCCAUCUGGUCUCUUAGCCCCUCCCCCAGCAUCUUUUGCCGAGUCUGUAAAUCGAGGAGGUCGGUCUAGAAGGCCUUCGAAGUCCUUUCCCGCUCUAGCUCUGGGCUCCUACGAAUCCUGCCCCACCCUUGCUUCCCCCACACACCCCCAGUGCCAUCCCCCCCGCUCCCACUGCUGUGCACGGGCACAGACCCCCGGUGAGGUGGCCCCAAAAGCUUCAGUGCUGUUUUAAGCUCGGACAGCGCUAAGCCUCCGGGGACACCAUGCACAUCCCGGGAGAUGGUGGAAACUGAACCGAGGAGGAAGCGUUAGAGCUCUCCAAUCCACCAGUUCUACCCCCGCUUCCCAGAAUCGGCCUUCGGGGAGCGGAGGCCCAGGCCAAAGUCAGUGUAAUAAUGAGGCCGGAGGGAAGAAAGGGUCUGGGCGCCUCCCGCCGUCUCCCUUCGCCUUCUCCGGGCUCAGGCAAAGGAUGUACGGAGCCGGCCAGGCGGGGAGGCGGGUCUUCCCCGCAGGGAACCCUCCUUCCUCUCCUUGCACUGUUCCCCCAGAGUCCCAUCCCGAGCGAUCAUGGCCUACAGCCGACGUGGGGGGGACGCUCAGCCGCAGGAGCGGCUCUUCAGGCUGGUUCAGGAGGGGCGACUAAGACCCCUGCAAGAGGAACUUGAGAGAACCGAGCCCAGCUGCAGCUGGCAGGUGAAGACGGCGUGUCCCCGCAGGGGAGGCGACACCCUGCUCCAUUCUGCAGCCCGACACGGGCAUCGGGACAUUCUGGCCUACCUGGCUGAAGCUUGGGAGCUGGACAUCGAGGCCCCGAACCGGGACUACAAGCGUCCGCUGCAUGAGGCGGCGUCCCAGGGGCACCGGGACUGCGUGCUGUAUCUCCUGAAAAGAGGGGCGACUGUGGACUGCCUGAAGAAGGGCGACUGGACUCCUUUGAUGAUGGCUUGCACAAGGAAGAACCUGGAAGUGAUUCAGGUCCUUGUGGAACAUGGAGCCAAUCCACUCCUGAAGAACAAGGAUGGCUGGAACAGCUUUCACAUUGCCAGCCGUGAGGGUGACCCAGAGAUCCUCCACUACUUGCUCACUGUCUCCCCAGCUGUCUGGAAGACGGAGAGUAAAAUCAGAAGAACACCUCUGCACACUGCAGCAAUGCAUGGCUGCUUAGAGGCGGUGAAGCUGCUACUUGAGAGGUGUCAGUAUGAGCCAGAUAGCAGAGACCAAUGUGGGGUCACUCCCUUUAUGGAUGCGAUUCAGUGUGGCCACAUUGACAUAGCUCAACUUCUCCUUGUAAUACAUGAGGCUUGUUUCACAGCUAAGGAUAUCCUGGGUGCUCAGGCUUUACACAAGGCAGCAGUCACUGGUCAAGAUAAAGCCAUCCAAUUCCUAGUGGCCAGUCUUGGUGUUGGAGUUGACGAGAGAGUGACUUCCACCCAAUACACAGCACUCCACCAUGCAGCUGAGGAGGGACAUACAAGUACAGUGAAGACUCUUUUGUCCUUGGGAGCUGAACUUGAGGCUAAAGAUGGAAGAAAUCGAUCAGCCCUGCACCUGGCUUGUGCAGGCCAACACAAGACCUGCAUUGAGUUUCUUCUCCAAAGUGGACUAGAAGACUCUCCAGACAUCACAGGGAUCCUGGCUCAAGAACUCAUAAAGAAACAAGACAUUCUUUAUUGCUUUGACUAAAAAAUAUCAUGACCCAAGAGAAAUAUUUCAGAGACAAUGCUUUGAGCUUUCUGCCUAUUUGGGGUUAACAAAUGUAUAACUGUUGAAUUUGGCCAUCAAUUGGACCUUCAGCUCCUCUUCUAUACCUGAGUAACAAUGCUUUUGAUCAUCCAGAGACCAUAUUCAGGUACUAGAUUAACCCGGAGAAACCAUGAAAGCUCUACUGUAUUUCAGUCUCUAUGUUAAAGAUGUGUUGUGAGAUCUUUACUCAACAUUCACCUCUUGCUUUGCACUUCAAAUCCUCAGCUUUUGAAGUUCAUAUACUAACAACCUGCUUCUUGAGGAGUUUGCAGGAGAGGAGUUCGAAUUUGCUUUUAAGGGAGUCUCUUGACGGCUCAGAGAAAGGUAUAGUAUUAUAUAAUGGGAUCAUGGAAGCAUUAUGAAAAUCUAAGUAACAUCUAAAAUUUGCUUUUGGUUUGAGUGGUGAUACUCAGCUGUUAGGUUUGAUUUAUUAUUUCAUAGACCUAUCUGUUAUUGUAUUGCUAUAAUUUCUGGUUUUAUGUUUAGAAAGGAAAUAUCUAUAAGUUGUUUACACACAAAAGGGGCUAUUUUACAGUCCUCACCCCAAUUAGUAUAAUUAUAGAAGGUCUAGAAAUCUAGAUUGGAUCCAUAGAAAAUACAAACCAAGUGUGAACAAGUCUUCAAUCAAUUUUGGGAGGAGUUGAAUACUUUAAUCAUUGGAUGAAAUUAAAUAACAUUCAAAUAGAAAAUGUAAUGAUUGAUUAACAUAAUCAGACACUUCCUUCACAAUGCAGUUCAGAAUUAAGAAUUUAGCAGGAAGAUUCCAGGAACAGACCUGUCUAGGGUGGUUAAAGGAACUUCCCUGUGAGAGAAGGGUGAGGGACUGAAUUCUCUCUUCUCUUCCCUCUCUCCCUCCCAAAUAGCAGAUGAUUUUACAAACUCUGAAAAGUCAGAAGACUGAGACUUCCCCUGGAGUCCACAGCACUAUCCCUGAGCAGGAGCAACAGACAGCAGUGUAGCUGAGAGCUAGGACUAAGGAUAAGAUAGAUUUACCAUAGAGCAGAAAAGGCAGCUUCAAGACCCCAAGGAAAGCAGCCCCUCAGAGCUAUCAGAACAGGGUACUUCAUGAGGAUGCUCAUGAAGAGAGAAAAAAGCUUCAGUGCUCUGGGACACUCUUCCUUCUCUUUGUCACAGGCACACAUUCAGAUCCGACUCUAUUUGCCCAAACAUGCUUCUACAUGGAGACUUUACAGGAGACCUAAUUAAACUUACCUCGAGUAGCUCAGGCUCUACAGUGGCUCCAUGACAGACCGUGGUAGAGUAGGAGCAGGCACAGCAGCAAAGUGGGGAUCACAAGGUAGCCCUCCAGGGGGUUGCUACACACAGGUAUUUACCAAGAAAAGAAAAAUUAGAUAAUAACAGCUAAAAAGGCUAUAUUUAGGGUUUUAAGAUUUACAAAGUGCUUAAUUGAGAGCCCGUCUUUAUGACACCAUCUCCAGGGUUCUAUCCACCAAACCAGGAAACAUUUCUACAGUAUUCCCAGCAUUCCUGACUAAGCUGUUGUCUUGAGAUGUUUCUCUUUAAUACUUAAAAUGAUCUCUAUUAGACUGACCUGGAUCCAUAGCACAGCUAUAUCAGGUCAAAUAUGUAGGAAGCUUGACAGUGAAUUAGGAGAACAUUGCACAUAGUAACAGCAAUAUUGAACAACAAUUCACUAUGAAAGAUGUUGAAGACAUAACGACCUCGAACGCUAUUCAAGAAGAUGAUCUAAGAUAAUUCCAAAGGACUUAUGAUGAAAAAUACUAUCCAUUUCCAGAGAGAAAAUUGAUGAACUCAGUGCAGAUUGGAGCAUACUUUUCCCUUUAUUUUUCUUGUUUUAAUUUUUGCAACAUGGCUAAUACGAAAAUAUAUUUUGUAUGAAUUUACAUUUUUCUGGAUAUCAUAUUACUGGCCUUCUCAAUGGGUGAGGAAGGCCCAUAAGAGAAGGGAAGAAUUUGGAACACAAAUUUUUAAAAAAUCAAUGUUAUAAUAAAUGAUUUAACAUAAAAAAAGGAUGUAAAUUCCUCCUAAUGAUGAACUAACCUACCCUGAUAGUCAAGGGAUGGACUCAAGAUGCAGCAUAAUUUUCAAAUAAUGCCAAUGCAGGUAUUUGUUUUCCUUUACUAUUCAUAUUUAUUAUUGGGAUGCCAAACCUGAGGCUGAGAAUGGGUAGUUUUAAAAAUCACCAUUUCUGAUACUUAAUUGCCUGAGUUGAAAUGGGUGAGAGUUGUUUUUAUUACCCUUUCAAUGACUUCAUCAUUGAGGUAUAUCUUCCUCAGCUCCCCUUGAAGAAGAAGUGGAGUGGAUAAAUUAAUGAUUUAGGCCAUGUUGAAUUAAUCAUUAUAAUAGCAAACAUUUACAGAGGGCCUACUGUGUGCUACGUGCUUUACAAAUAUCUCAUUUUCUCUUCAGCAGAUUAAAAAAAAUGAUAGUGUGUUUUGUCAAAAGGUGAUUAAAACGAGUGAUGGAGAUUUUACUACCCUCGGACUGAAAGGAUAGUCUACUGAGGCUGGCUUUUCUCUGAGAAGGCCAGUAGGUAACUCACUCUGACGUCAGUUGUUUAACAAUUGAAAAUUUAUUAACAAGGAUAAAAUGGAUUGGUUGAGGGCUCAGAGAUUCCCCAACACUAAUAAAUCUACCUUUUCUCAGAUCACUGACCUUGCAGAAAAUCUCUUUGACCCCCAACAGAGGUUGGGGCUAUGCUCACUCCCUUACUGUCUAAAUUUCCCCUUAUUCCUAACUUACUACCUAGGCUAAGCCCACAUAAAACAGAGUCCUCGAUGAAAAGCCAGAGAUAGUAGUUGAGUCAGAGGAUGGAAUCAGUAGUGACAUAGUCACCCUGGCUUGGACAAAGUCCACCAAGGCAACUCAGCAGUUCAGAUCACUACCAAAACUAGGCAUUCUUGAGAGGUCUUGAGAUGUUGCUUCAGUGUCUGGGAUUGCAGAGGAAACACAAAAAUUAGUUGAAUGGGUUUUCCACCAAAGGAUCAGGAAAGAGAGAUAUCAGCUCCAGAGCCAUUGCUUGCUCCCCUCAGUCUCUCCCCUCCAAGGCUGUCAACUGUCCCAGAAUCUUUGCACAGGAUUCUAAGGUCUAACCUUGUACUUCCUGGUUUGUUGCAUUCCAUCCAACUUUUGUUUCCACUCUGCUCCCUUGCUUCCUUCCAAAACCCCCUCUAACAGUCUGGAAAUGCUUCUUUUCUCACCCUCUUUACCCUUUAACCAAGCCCUGCUUAGACAGGGUAACUAACUGAAUGAAUAGGAAUUCAUUUAACAGUGCUAUUUAUUUCUUGGAACACACGCGGAACAAUGACGUGUAAUGGGGGCAGAUAGGUGUGCAAUCAAUAGAGCUCUGGGCUUGGGUUCAGAAAGAUCUGCUUUUGAAUUUAAUUUCAGACACUUCCUAGUUGGGUGAUCCUGGGCAAGUCAUUUCACCUUUGUGAGUUUCAAUUUCCUCAUCUGUCAUUUCCAGACACACUACCAUUUUUUAAAAAUCUUCUUCUGGCUUAACAAAAAGGUUCUCUUUCAGUCCAGGCAACAGUCCAUCAUUCUUAUUAGCAUUUCAAAAGUAUCAUUCGGUGAACCCUCUCCCCAAACUAGCUCUCCAAGGCUUUGCACUCCUCUAGUUAUAUAAAUAACUCACGUCCCUUCUUAAGCAAAACAUUUCUCAGCUAUAUGAGGGUCAGCUUCUGUUUCCUCAUUAAACUAGAAAAAAUUUGCUUUUAAAUGACCUCUACCUCACCAUGUACCAAACCGACAGGGAUUACUACACUUAAUCAAAUUUAAUUACCUUCACAAAGGAUUUGGAAAAGAAAAAAGUAAGCUCCUUCAAGUAAGGCCUGUUUCAUUCAUUUUAUUUAUAGUUCAUGUUUGGCACAGAGUAAGGACUGAAAAAAAUGCUUGUUGAUUAUUUUUGAUACAAUACUAUAAAGACUGUCAAUUUCAUCUGAAAACCUAUAUGUCACCUAAUCUCUCUGGGACUCAGUUUCAUUCUCUGUAAAAUGAGGGGCUUGAAUUAGAUUGGACUAGGACUGGUCCAACACUUUAGCUCUGAUUCUAUGAUUCAUCCUUGGGCUGAGCAAAAAAAGGUUUCUAUUCUUGGGAAUGGCAGAUCACUGGAUAAACUGCAUAUGUCCUGAGUCCCAGGCUAUGAAUGUUGUAUGUGAAGUCUAUAAAUGAAUAUUUAAUUUUACAACUUAAAAAAUAAAUCAAGAAAAUUAAAACCUCAACAUCUGAAAUGAAUAGAUUUUUCUGGCAUUUGAGUCAACUCCAUUUUAAUAGUAGAGGGCUGUUUGUUUGUUUGUUUAUUUUAAUUAACCCUCACCUUCUGUCUUAGAAUCAAUACUAAGCAUUAGUUCCAAGGCAGAAGAGCAGUAAAAGGUAGGGAAUUGGAGUUAAGUCACUUUCCAGUAUCACACAGCUAGAAAGGGUCUGAGGUCACAUUUGAACCUAGGACCUAUGUCUAGGCCUGGCACUCCAUCCCUGUCAAUCACUCUUAUGUCCUAAGUCUUAUUUCCUAUUGUAACACCCCACAGGAGUUUUAAUUGGCCUCAUUCAGCCAUUCUUGGGAUUUUAGGCUCUAACCACAAGCAUAAUUUGACACUUUAUUCAAUAAGUUUUUAUAAAGUACUUGGUUUUUGUAAAGCUUUAUGAAAAGCUUAUGAUAUACCCUAUGAUAGGGCAGCUGGAGAGAGCACCAGUCAGGAAAUUAUGAGUUCAAAUUCUGCCUCAGACAUUUACUCUGUGAAUUUAGGCAAGUCACUUAACCCCUACUUGCCUCAGUUUUUGAUCUGUAAAAUGGAGGCAUCCUGGAGAAGGAAAUGGCAAACCACUCCAGUAUCUUUUGUCAAGAAAAUCCCAUGGACAAAAGUCCACAGAGUAACAUAGAACUGGUCCCAACUAAACAACAGCAACAACAAAAUGAUAGGCUUGUCAAUGAUAAAUUUAUGGUUGGACUGAAAUAUUUAAUUGGUUGCCAGGGAUUUAAUUACUAAAUUCCAAAAAUGAAUUAUUAAAGUCAGAAUGGAAUUUGUAGUAGUUUAUUUUAAAACGGAGGGAAGAUAUUAAGGAAGAGAGAAAAAGAAAAGAGAGAGAGAGAAAGAGAGAGAGAGAGAGAGAGAGAGAAAGAGAGAGAGAGUUCUGGUUUCUUCUGAGCCAGGUAGGAAUUCAAAGGCCCCAGCCAGAGGAAAGGAGUCUCAAAAUGAUGGGCCACACCUCCAGAAAGGCCAAGGAAAGGAAAUCAGUCUUUACACUCAUCACAGGUCAGUUCAGUCAGCAGAUUCUUUAUCGGCCUCAACUCCAGUAGAACUGCUUCUUACCAGAGGUUCCGCUCCAAGUGUGUCUCUCCACUCCAAGUAUCUCUUCACUCUAAGUGUCUCUCUGUGUCUAUCUGUUUGCACUUUUAAAGACCUUUUUCUCUUGUGUCACUUCCCCUAUAUUUUUAUGUCUACCAAUCACAGCUGAUGCUCCACUUCGACUGCCCACUCUUUCACACGUGGGUCACAGACCUCCCCACUCAGUGUAUGAAAUGGGUGUUCAUACCUUUUGGGGGUUAAAAUCCAAAAUGGGUAGAUCUCCAUACUCAACUUUAAGUACUGUGCUUAUAUAUGGGGGGGAUUAAAAUCUAAAAACAGACAGGGGAUUACAAUUUAAUCUUCACAAUCAAGGAAGAUCUAAGUACCUUCAUUGUUACAAUCAGGGGAGAGCCAAAUCUAAUCUUCACAUUAAGUAAUAGAAUUCCAUGUUUUUUCUACUAAACAACAAAAAAUUCCUAUUUUAAGAGCAACAUGAAUACACUAUGCAAUUGUGUCUCAUAAUAACCAAUCACAUCUUCUAACAUCUGUUUUGAUUUGGUUCAAGGGUGUGAACAAAGGGCAAGGAAUUCCAGGGUGGAGAACAGUGCUUUACUUGUUGAAAUAGUUUAACUAUUGAAUCAAAACUUAGACACUAGAACAUGGGUGAUGAACUGAGAGGUGUAGAUGGAAACGAAACUGAAACUAUGAUUUCAUUGGUUUAGAAAAUUCCCAGGUGAAAAAAUGCCCUUCCCAUGUCAGAUCAAAUGACAGUUCCAGGGACUGAAGAUGGGCAGAUGGAAAGCCCUGGAGUGCUAUAGAAGACAAUGGCAGAGCAAAUGGUAAAAGUCUAGUUUUCUUCUCUCUGACUACAAAAAAUAUAGGUGAUGACUUCCAUCUCAUCCAAGUCCUGUGAACUAAGGGAUGGAUCAUAGAAUUAUACUGAUAGAGUUGAAAGGGAACUAGUCCAUCUAGUUCAACCCCCUCAUUUAUCAGAGAAGGAAACUGAGUUCCAAGGAAAUUAGGUGACCUGUAGGGUUUCAGAUAUUAUAUUAGUCUUUACAGUAUUAUAUGAAAAAUAUUCAACAAGAAUUUUUUUCAGUCCUUAAACCAAAAAAAAAGCUGAGAAAAGAAAUGAUUUGUCCAGUCAAACAGCUAGUAAGGAGAUAUGAAUAAAAGCUGGGCAUUAAAUGUGAGGACUCUACAUAGUUCUAUAUUACUAGAAGUUUUGCCUUUGACAGUGUUCUUUACAGUUAAGCCUCAUUAUCAUUCUACUCUAAAUCUGAGUCAUGGAUAUUGUGUAUCAUAGGGGGAAUGUUCUGUAACUAUUGUUUUUGCUAUAUAAUGAGUAAAUGUCUUUGCUAAGAGCUAAGUCCAUUGACUUGUUGUUUAUAGAAAACACACUGAUAGGGGUUCAUGAGUCCAGUAGUACUGACCCAUAUCUCUUGAACCCAAGGGACCCAAACCACAAGUACAAGUUGGGAAAGUAAACUAGAGAAAAGUACUGCACUUGCAACUAUCCUAACUUAUUGGGAAGAAUAGACUGCUUUUUCUUUAAGCUUUCUCUUGAGUCUUGUAUUUGAAAGUCAUAUUUUCUAAUCAGCUCUGGUAUUUUCAUUAGAAAUGCUUGAUAGUUCUCUUUUUCACUGAAUAUCUACUUUUCCCCCUGAAGGAUUAUGUUCAGUUUUACUGGGUAGGUGAUUCUUAGUUGUAAUCCUAGAUCCUUUGCCUUCCAGAAUAUCAUAUUCCAAGCCCUCUGGUCCUUUUCUAUAGAAGCUGCUAAAUGUGUGAUCCUGUCUGUUGCUCCACAGUAUUUUAAUUCCUUCUUUCUGGCUGCAUGUAGUAUUUUCUCUUUGACCUGGGAGCUCUGGAAUUUGGCUAUAAUAUUCUUGGGAGUUUUCAUUUUAGGAUCUCUUUUAGGAGACAGAUGAUCAGCAGAUUCUUUUGAUUUCUAUUUUAUCUUCUUUUUCCUUGAUAAUUUCUUCAAAGAUGAUGUGUAGGUUUGUUUGUUUGUUUGUUUGUUUGUUUGUUUGUUUUUUAUCAUGGCUUUCAGGUAUAAUAAUCCUUAAAUUAUCUCUUUUGGAUCAAUUUUCCAAGUCAGUUGUUUUUCCAAAAAGAUAUUUCACAUUUUCUUUUACUUUUUAAUUCUUUUAAUUUCUUGAUGUCGCAGGCAGUCAUUUUUAGGUUCCAAAUGUUCAAUUAUAAUUUUUAGAAAAUAAUUUUCUUCUGCAAGCUUUUGUACCUCCAUUUUCAUGUGACCAAUUUUGCUUUUUUAAAAAUUCUACUCUUUAGUGAAUUUUUAACAUCUUUUACUAUUUGGCCUGGUCUAUUUUUUCUCAAGAUCAUAUUUAUUUAUUUGUCUUAAUAAAAUUUUAUUUUUAAAAUAUUUUUCCAUGAUUCAUGUCUAUUCAGUUUUUUAAGGUGUUAUUUUCUUUGGUAUUUUUCAUGUCUCCUUUAUUAAGCUAUUGACUUUUUUUGUGUAUGUGAUUUUCUUGCAUUUGUUUCAUUUCUUUUCCAAAAAUUUCCUCUACCCCUCUUAUUUGACUUUUAAAAUCUUUUCUGAGAUUUUUCAGAAAUUCUUUUUUUGGGCCUGAGACCAAUUCACAUUUUUCUCUGAAGCUUGUUAUAUAGAAGUUUUGACUUUAUUGUCUUCUGAGUUCACAUUUUGAUCAUCUCUGUCCCCAUAAUAACUUUAAAUUGUUAGUUUAUUUUUUUGUUGUUUGCUCAUUUAAAAAAUAUUUUUCUUGUCUUUUAAAACCAACUCUUAAAGUUGAACUUUUUUCCUGUGGUGGAGGAAUCAUUGUCCCAAGCUUCAGGUUUUUUUUUUUUAUGCAGCUGCUUUUAUAGUUAGUUCUGAGACUUUUUGUUUUCAUUUUUUUUAAGGUGGUAUGAUCUAAGAAGAGGUGUGUUUACUACUCUCCUGACCUACUGUAGUCUGUUCUGUGAGAAACUACAAGCACUCUUUCUUGCCCUAGAACUGUGACAGCAUCCCAGCUCCACUGAGGCUGGAAGCAUAUGUGUGCUAUUUCUCCUCCUCACCCUGGAAAUGCGACCCAGGAUUGGGACUUUGAUCAGUGUAUGGGCAAUGCAAUAGAGUCCUGUGCCCAGUGCCAGCAAAGUACUCCUAUAAUCACCUUCUGAGACCAGUUGUCUGACCCUCUUACCAUCUGGGGCUGAGAGUUCCAGACACUUCUGCUUUUUGAUUCAUUUCCAAGUCUGUGUUGGCUUGAUGAAGCCUGCCCUGGCAUGCUGGCCUGUGCGCCAUUCCUACCCCAGUGUGGCGAUCCUUUCUUGCCAAACUUCUAGAUUGUCUUGUAAUAGAAAAUUAUUUUACUUUGGGUUUUGUUUUUGUGGAUUCCUCCUCUCUAGAAUUUAUUUUGAGGUAUUAUUUUAAAGUUGUUCAGAGUUUAAUUUGGUAGAUAUCAGAUAGAUUCCUGUCUUUUCUCUUUCAUCUUGGCUCCACCACUACAACCACCACCACCACCACUCCUAGCAAUUUAAAUAUUUUAAAAUAAAUUUUUAUUUAUAGCUUUUGUAAAGCAAAAUACCUUGCCUAAAUUUCCCCUAUAUUUCUCCCUUCCCCUCUCCUAGAGAAUCAUCCCUUAAAUUUUUUUUAAGAAAAAGAAUGAGGAAGUAAUUUAGUAAAAUCAAUCAGUUUAUGAAAAAAAUCUGAUAUAUACAGUGUUCCAUACUGAUAAACCACUGAGACUUGGCAAUAGAACAAGGAGAGGUGUCUUCACAUAUUUAUUUUUGAAGUCAGACUUGGCUUGUUUGUAAAUUUUGCAACAUUAAAAACAAUUAUUUUGUGGUUGUUCUUUCCCUUUACAGCAUUAUAGUCAUUGUGUAUAUUAUUUUCUUGGUUCUUCUUACUUGAGUCUUUCCUUGCAGCUUUGUAUUUAUCAUAUUUGUUGUUUCUUACAGGAUAAUAAUAUUCCAUUAUUUUCCCAUGCUAUAAUUUGCCUAGCCAUUUCCCUAACUGAUCUUCACUAAAACAAAGAGUACAUUAAUGUUUUGGUGUAUAUGGAAUUAUUACUAUUAGUAUUAUUAUUAAUUAUACCUUUGGUAUAUACAUGUAGCAUUGGGAUUUCUGAGUUAAGGUUGUGGACAUUUUAGUCUUUUAUUAUUUUAAUUCCUACCAGAAUGUCUGUACUAAUUCACAAGUUCACCAAUAAUGCUCUAAUUGUCUUUCCAUAACCCCUUUAACAUUAAUUCCAUUUUUUGUCAUCUUUGGUAAUUUGCUAAAUGUAAGGUAAAACUUCAGGUUGUUUUGAUUUGCAUUUAUUUUAUUUGUACUUGAUAAAGACUUUGGAACUUUUUUUCAUGAUUGUUAAAAGUUUGCAGUUCUUUAGAGAACUAUCCUUUCAAAACCUUUGACCACUUCUCUGCUGGAGAAUGGCUAAUGGUUUUAUAUAAUUGUUAGUUGUUUACAUAUCUGUAAUAAUUAAAAUUCUCCAGAGACUAUA